CUCACAUCCAUGGCCACGGUAUCAUAACAUCGUGACCUCAAGCCUGACAACGUCUUCAUCGGAUAUGGCUAAGGUGCCUAAGCUGGUGAUUUUGGACGAGCUACCAGUGGCCAAUAUCAGAGACCUGAUACAAAGUCCUCUAAUGGUACACAGGAUGGCGGCGACAUGACGCGGAGUGUCGGUACUAUGCGCUUUACGUUGCUCCUGAGCUCAGUUCUAGCGUUAUUGGCGACUAUAACAACAAGGUGGACAUGUACUCCAUGGGCAUCAUCUUCUUCGAGAUGUGCUUUCCCUUGAGGACUGCCAUGGAGCGCGACAAAGUUAUUCGAUCGUUGCGGGAGAGGAAACAUGAUCUUCCACAAGAAUUCGAGACGCCGGAAAAGUCGUUGCAGGGUACCAUUAUCAAGUCUCUCAUCAGCCAUCGCCCUUCAGAGAGGCCCGGGUGUACGGAGCUCUUGAGGAGCGGCAAGGUGCCUGCUCAGAUGGAAGACGAGGCCGUCAAAGAAGCGCUCAAGGCCCUCUCAGAUCGAAACUCGCCACACUACGCAAAGAUGAUGGCUGCUCUUUUCUCACAAAAACCCGAUACGCAAGCAAAAGACCAUGCAUGGGAUCUGAGCGCGACUACCCAGAAGAUCAAGGCUAAUGAUGUGCUUCUACAGAAUCUAGUGAGGGACAGAUUGGCCAUGGUCUUUCGGAGCCACGGCGCUGUCGAGAUACAACGUCAAGUUCUACUACCCUGGUCCGACCAUUAUGCGGACACGAAGGUCGUCAAACUUUUCGACCCCUCUGGAACCCUGGUUCAACUACCUUACGAUCUAACAUUGCCGUACGCACGUAGCAUCGGUCGAGGUGGAGCGUUCCUAGAGAAGACUUUCACAAUCGGUCAUGUCUACCGUGACGACUACACCGGAAGUGCUCCACGUAGUAACGGCGAGGCAGACUUCGAUGUGUUGUCAUACGAUACGCUUGACCUUACUUUGAAAGAGGCAGAGGUUCUCAAGGUCGUUGAUGAGAUCAUCGAUGAGUUCCCUUCAUUUCGAUCAACGCAGAUGUGUUUCCACUUGAAUCACGCCGACCUGUUAGACAUGAUCAUGGAAUUCUGCAGAAUCAGUUUUCCAAAACGCGCGGCAGUCAAAGCAGUCCUAAGUAAGCUAAAUAUCGGAAAGAACAACUGGCAGUUGAUUCGCAACGAAUUACGGUCUUCCGACAUUGGUAUUCCAUCGACAUCGUUAGAUGAUCUGGCACGCUUC